AUGGCGGUGGCGGCGCCGGGGCAGCUGAACCUCGACGAGUUCCCCUCCUGGGGCUCCCGCGGCGUCGACUGCUUCGAGAAGCUCGAGCAGAUCGGCGAGGGCACCUACGGGCAGGUGUACAUGGCCAAGGAGACGGAGACCAACGAGAUCGUCGCGCUCAAGAAGAUCCGCAUGGACAACGAGCGCGAGGGCUUCCCCAUCACGGCGAUACGCGAGAUCAAGAUCCUCAAGAAGCUGCACCACCAGAACGUCAUCCAGCUCAAGGAGAUCGUCACCUCCCCAGGCCCGGAUCGAGACGAGCAAGGGAAGCCAAUCGACGGUAACAAGUAUAAGGGGAGCAUCUACAUGGUCUUCGAGUACAUGGACCACGACCUCACCGGGCUCGCCGACAGGCCCGGGAUGCGCUUCACCGUGCCGCAGAUCAAGUGCUACAUGAAGCAGCUGCUCACGGGCCUGCACUACUGCCACGUCAAUCAGGUGCUGCAUCGAGAUAUCAAAGGUUCGAACCUUUUGAUAGACAAUGAGGGUAACCUCAAGCUUGCUGAUUUUGGGCUUGCGAGGUCAUUCUCCAGUGACCACAAUGGCAACCUGACUAACCGUGUCAUCACAUUAUGGUAUAGACCUCCAGAAUUGCUUCUUGGAAGCACAAGGUAUGGUCCAGCUGUUGACAUGUGGUCUGUGGGCUGUAUUUUUGCCGAGCUUCUUAAUGGAAAGCCAAUCCUGCCAGGAAAGAAUGAGCCGGAGCAGCUGACCAAAAUUUUCGAGCUUUGUGGCACCCCUGACGAGUUAAUCUGGCCUGGUGUCACUAAGAUGCCAUGGUACAACAACUUCAAGCCUCCCCGAGUAUUGAAGAGAAAAGUUAAAGAUGCCUUUAAACAUUUUGACCGGCAUGCUCUGGACCUGUUGGAGAGGAUGUUAACUUUAGAUCCAUCUCAGAGGAUACCAGCGAAGGAGGCACUUGAUGCAGAGUAUUUCUGGACUGAUCCCUUGCCAUGUGAUCCGAAAAGUUUGCCGUCAUACGAAGCAUCACACGAAUUCCAGACUAAGAAAAAACGUCAGCAGCAGAGGCAAGCAGAGGAAGCUGCAAAGCGCCAAAAAAUAAAUCAUCCUCCCCCACAUUCUCGCUUGCCUCCGAUCCAGCAUCCAGGCCAAUCGCACCAGAUCAGGCCUGGCCAUGCGCCACCUGUGGCAGGUGGCCCGAGCCACUAUGCAAAACCUCGAGGACCUGGAGGGCCUAACAGGUACCCGCAAGGUGGAAACCAAGGCGCAGGCUAUAAUAACCCGAACCGCGGAGGGCAGGGCAGCGGCUACGGGAGCGCCCCGUAUCCUCAGCAAGGCAGAGGACCUCCUCCGUUCCCUGCAGCAAGUGGUCCACGUGGUAGUGCUGGCAGUGGAUAUGGAGUCGGCGGGCCAAAUUACCCACCAGGUGGUCCGCCAUAUGGCACGUCUGGUCCAGGUCGAGGAGGCCCGAACUAUCCUCAAGGCGGUUCUCGCAAUCAGCAGCAGUAUGGUAGCUGGCAAUAA